UUCUCUAACCAUCAUCAUGAAUACAUUAAGACGAAGUUUUAAGAAACCCAAGAGAGAGGAACCCUACUCCGAAUUUCAGGAAGAAUUCACUAGAUUCCAGAUUUUAAACAGAAAGAGAGAAUCAAUUAGAGUGAAGAAUACUGACACUUUGGGUCGUGAAGAUGUACUACGCAAAAUUGAAAAAGAACGCAGUUUAAUGGCAGGAGCUAACAAACUCCUCCAGGUCUGUCAGAACCAGGUCCAAAGAAUAGAAGCCUCCAAAACUCUUAUUCUGAGCAGGACCCGUGAGAAAGCUUACCAGCAAGAACUGAAACUGCCCACAUCCCGACCCCCACCUAAGUGGAAGCUCGGAGAAGUUAGUUUGUCGGAUAUUCGUAUCCCUCUGGUUUGGAAACCGGACGAUCUUCUUAAUAAUAAAGGCGAUUCAAGGAAGUUUGCUUUGUUUGCUUUAGUAUCAUGUGGAACACAGGUUUACGAUACUUCGUUAGUAUCUCCAGUGGAUAGACAGGUAGCUGAUAUAUCAUUCCCCGAUAUCCUAACCUUCUCCGCUCUCUCACCUUCCUUUAAGGUUUUGAUCCAGAUUUACAGCUACAAGCUCGAAACAUCAACCAGACCAAAGAAUAAUCUUCUCUCAUUUAUUCAGUCUAAAAUUCGGAAACCUAAGUCAAAUAAAAAUGAUCCGGAGCUUGUAUCACUAGGAAGCUGUUCUUUAGAUCUCUCUGAUGCAAGUUCUGCAAUUCAAUGCUUCCAGAUCGAGUCCGAACUCUCUGGAGAUACCGUUGACAUGGUACCCAUACUGUUUGGAAAGCUCUGCUGCCGUCUCGGAGUUCAUCCCUACGGAACUGAGAGACCAUCUCUGACUGGAACCCUAUCUGUUUCCUGGCCGGAGUCAGAGAUUAUCAUUGCAGAUUGUUAUGCCGAACUUGUGGACUGGAAGCUCAAGCUCUGGACAACAUACGUUGAGUAUAAAAGUGGGUUUCUACCCUGGAAAGAAGUAAGAUUAGAUCCAUGUUCACAAAUUCGUGAUGACCAGGAUAAAUUCUGCAUUGAAAACUGGAAUGAAGAGCAUGCAGAUUUCGUGUGUGAGAGUAGAACUGAGAAAGAAACCUGGCUGGAAGCUAUUUAUGAACAGAUAGAAAACUAUGAUGACUGGAAGGAAGCUGCGGUGAAGAGAAUGGAUGUAUUAGGCCCCAAUGAAGAAUUUUCCAACCAUCGAUCAAGAAAACUAUUGAAGAGAAGCAACAGUAAACUACUUUCUGUAUAUAAUAAUAUCUCAAGUUUAAAUAUUAAACUGUCGAGUAUUCUUUAAGCUUAGUUAACUGUAUUCUGUAAAUAAUAAAUAUUGUUUUACCUGAAA